CGAGAAGCUGGAGGAAUUUGAGAAAUUGUUCCAGGCCAUGAUGGAGUCCAGGUGUCCUUCGGCAGACGACGAUGAAGACGCCUUUGAUAAAAAGGACGAAGGCAUGGCGGGUCCCGAGGCACCGGUUGACUAUCGUCUCGAGCAUAUUGGAGCUUUCGUUCAAAAAUCAUUGAAGUUAAAACCCGAAAAAUGGAGUCGUCUCCUAUUCACGGAAGAGCAUCGGAAUACAGUUUUGGAUUUUUUGGAUAAUCCAACUCCAGCUGCACUCUUCGUCGUCCUCACGCCGAACGCACAGCUCAUUGCGUCUUCGGGAUUCCCGAUUCUGUGUCAGAGAACGAAAGGUACUUACGCUGUCAAAGUGAACAUGGCGGCUGUCCCAAAGGACAAAGACGGCUGUUCGGCUAUGCUAAUAAUGGGCGACUUGUCACAUAGGGUUGUCGACGAGUUGGCAACAUUGGUCGACAAUAUUUUUGCUCCCUUACUUAGCAAGCCUGAGAAUCAUAUGAAACUACCGGAAGUUGCCGUGCAGGAUAUAUGCAGACACGUCCAUUCGCUUAGAGGAACCCUGUACCAAGUGAAAGGUCAAGUAAACGGAAGAACGGUGCUCCCAAUGCCAGCUGGAUUGGAAAAAAUUGGAGAGGUCGAGAGAUUGGUAUCCACGGAAGGACCCCAGGCAGUGGAUUUGUAUUUGAAAAGUGCGAUCGAAGGUGUCAUCAUAAAAUGGGCUUAUCUCGUGAACGACGUAGUCACUCGCGAGUCCAGCACUGCUUUUGAAAAUGGUCAAAAUCCAACGCCGAAUGUGGAAUUGGAGUAUUGGUCGACGAGAUUGGCCAAUUUGAGGUAUAUUUUUGAUCAAUUGAGGGAAGAUCGAGUAAGGAAAAUGGCGAUAAUACUUGAGAAAACUGACAGCGCUUAUUAUCCGUGCUUUCGUACGCUUUUUGGCAAUGUCGUGUCUUCCUUGGCUGAGGCCAAGGAGAUAUCCCUGUAUCUGACACCCUUAACGAGGAACUUCAAAGCUAUCGAGGAAAUUGACUUUUCCGAAGCGAAACCCCUAAUGGCGCCUCUGAUACACUGCAUUGGAUUAGCUUGGGCGAAGUCUCGCUACUACCAAAGUUCCUCAAAGCUGAUCAUUAUGCUCAGGCAAAUAUCCAACCUGUUGAUACAGGAGGCACGAAGAUUCUUAGAUCCGACUUCGAUAUUCCAGAGUGACGUGGACGAGGCCCUUCAACGCGUUCAAAUUUCCCGCGGAAUCCUGGAAGAGUUCAAACGUCAAUUUGAACACAGAAGACAGAUGCCAGGAUUGAAACCGGAAGCGCCGCCCUGGACCUUCAAUCCAUCUGCAGUAUUUCAACGCCUCGAUGCAUUUUUGAAACGACUGGCCGACAUCGAGUGGUUGUUCGAUACCGUUUUGGAAUUUUCAAAAUUAGAAAAAAUCGAAGUCGGCGGAAUUCUAGGUCGCUCUUUGAGUGCUAGGAUCGUUGGAGUUUUCAAAGAAUUUCAACAACUUUUCGCAUCCUUUUCCGCCAGGGCGAGCGACGUGCUGGAACCGGAUGAUCAAUCCUUUGCUCUGGACUGUGCCAAGUUCAGCGAAUCGAUAACCGAUCUUGAUAGUAAAUUAGCCGCUAUUCUAUGUCAGGCCUUUGACGACUGUGGCAAUUUAGAAAGCACCUUUAAGCUGAUAAAUAUAGCAGGCACCGUACUGGACCGACCGGUAAUUCGAAAACAAUUCACCAACCGUUACUCUCGCAUCCUGGAAUUGCUGAAUAACGAGUUGACGAUGGUCGAAGUGCUGUUUAAUCGCGGCACUCGUGGGGCGCUAAGUGACCUUCCACCUUUAGCGGCUACCUUGCGAUUUACGAGCAUGCUGAGGCAGCGAAUCGAUCUUCCCAUGCAGUGCUUUAAAGCACUCCAGCAUCCAAUCGUCGAGAGUAACGACGGGCAGAUUAUAAUAAAGCGUUACGAGAGGUUAACAAAUAUUUUAUUUUGUCACGAGAAAAAUGUCUUUGCCGAAUGGACCAAAGUGGUACCACAGUUCGUUGCCGAUGGCUUGAAUCGUUCCUUAUUGAUCAGAGACGCCGAUUCUGUGCUACUAUUGAAUUUCGAUGCAGAAUUAUUCGCAGUGCUCAAAGAAGUGAAUUAUUUGAAGCAAAUGUCACACGAUGCUGUACCAAAUGAAGCUCUGAAAGUUUUCGAAUGCGCUGAGACGUUUCGAAAAUUUCGUAUACUCUUGGGAGCCACUGUGAAUUCGUAUAACAAUAUACGAAGGACUUCAACGAAGGUUGAGUUCAACUUGAUAGAAUUGGAAGUGGCCAGGAUAGACUCUUUGGUAUCGCGUGGGGAGGAUGAACUGUGUUGGAAGUCCGAUGGUCUCCUGGAAUACAUAACGGAACUGGGUGUCCUGGUGGAAGGGUUAUGGAAUCGAAUAAAAUCGACUCAAGGGAACGUUGACAAGAUAAGGACGAUCUUGGAGCCAUGGACCAGGACGCCAUUGAUUGAGCGCAAGGAUCGACGUAAGGAUGCGCUUCUGUCGCUGGACGAAAGAGCUGAGAAGGUCUCGCGACGUUAUGCUGAGAUAAAGAAAGCGGCGGAGCAGAUUCAUUUGUUACUGGCCGAGAACAAGGGUCUAUUUGAAAUUGGGGAUAAUAAAGGAAACAGCUGGGAGGACUACGUCGAGUACGUCGAUGGUAUCGUGGCUGAAUCCUUACGUCGAGCAGUCGGAUGCUGCUUGGGUUAUUUGGCAGAUAAUAUGGACCCUUUGGGGCACAAGCAACCUUUAUUGGAAGCAAAAUUGGAAUUGCGCGAACCGGACUUAUUUUACGUGCCGUCCUUGGAGCCGGACGAUCCCGAAGGAUUGGAUCAAUUGAUCAUGGGGCUGCUCAAUGAUAUGAUCGGAAUGGCUGCUCUCGUUGAUCGACUCAAAGCGGGUUCUGAGGGAUACGUGGAUGAGCUCUUGCAAGAUGAAGAUAUCAAGGCGAUGAAAUCCGAAAUUUUAUCAAGCGUCUCGACAGCUGUGGAAGAGGCUACAGAUUUUUGUGGAGUUUUUGAAGGGUACGCUUAUCUCUGGCUCGAGGACAGGGAGAUAAUAAUGCAGCAAUUCUUGGAAUACAGCAGACAGCUGAAUCUCGAGGAAAUGGAAAUGAUAGCUGUUCUGGAUCCGAAGGCACCGAAACCAUCGCCCCCUAGAAUGGAGCAAUUUCGAGAACAAAUAGACCUUUACGAAGGGCUCUAUCAGGAAAUAGAAGAAAUGGAUAUCUCCAAGGUCUUCUGUGGUUGGUUUCGAGUCGAUCUGAGACCUUUUAGACAAUCUCUAUUAAACACAGUCUGCAAGUGGUCCAGCAUGUUCAAGAGACACCUGGUAGAGCGUGUGACAACCAGUCUCUCAGAUUUAAGUUCCUUCAUCAGGUUAGCCGACGAGGGACUCCUUCAGCAGGUACAACCUGGGGACUACGCAGGACUGGUCAGCGUGAUGGGAUACCUGAUGCAGGUGAAGGAAAGGCAACCGACGACUGACGAGAUGUUUCAGCCUCUGCAAGAGACCAUCGAACUAUUAAAAUUCUACGACCAGGACAUACCUGAGGAGGUAAACGUCCUGCUCCAGGAAUUACCUGAGCAGUGGGGCAAUACCAAAAAAUUGGCACUUAUGGUGAAGCAACAAGUGGCGCCCCUACAGGCUGGCGAGUACAGGAUUCAAAUCCGCGGACGCAUUUCGGCAUUCGACACAACGAUUGGACAUUACAGAGAGGCCUUCAGGCGUUAUGGUUUCUUCAAAUACAAUUGCGAAAAACCUUACGAGCAGCUGGACGAGGCCGACAAGGAGAUUUGCAUGUUAGAACGUCAGAUGAAGGACAUCCAGGAGUCAGCAUCGCUGUUCGAGGUUACGGUACCGGAGUUCAAGCAGCUGAAGCAGUGCCGGAGGGAAUUGAAGAUGCUGAAGCAGCUCUGGGAUUACGUGAACAUAGUUCAAAGUAGUAUAGAGGGCUGGAAGACGACACCCUGGAGAAAGAUUGACGUGGAGAAUAUGGAUAUCGAGUGCAAAAAAUUCGCCAAAGAGAUAAGAGCUCUUGAUAAAGAGAUGAGAUCUUGGGAUACUUACGUGUCGCUCGAAGCCACUGUGAAAAACAUGUUGACGUCUCUGCGCGCUGUUGGCGAAUUGCAAAAUCCAGCAAUUCGGGAACGACAUUGGCGUCAGCUUAUGAACAGCACCAAGAAAUUGGGCAACAUGACACCAGAAAUGACCGUACGUUUCGUCAUGGACGAGUCUACGACUCUGGCGGAUCUUCUCGAGUUGAGUCUUCACGAGUGCGAGGAGGAAGUUAAGAACAUAGUGGACAAAGCAGUUAAGGAAAUGUCCAUGGAGAAAUACUUGAGAGAACUUAACGUAACGUGGUCGGGAAUGGAAUUCGAAAAAGAGAUCCACCCUAGAACAGGUGCCAGUCUGCUGAGAGCCAGCGAGGAGUUGAUCGAGACUCUGGAGGAGAACCAGGUGCAAUUGCAAAACCUUAUCACCUCGAAAUUCAUUGCGCACUUUCUCGAGGAAGUGUCGGCUUGGCAGAAAAAAUUGAGCAUUGCCGAUCAAGUGACGACAGUUUGGUUCGAAGUGCAGCGGACCUGGAUGCACCUUGAAAGCAUCUUCAUGUCCUCCGAGGACAUAAGAAGACAACUUCCGGUCGAUUCAGAACGUUUCGACAGGAUAGACGGGGAGUUUAAAAAGAUGAUGGAGGACAUGGCAAAGACGCCGAACGUCAUUCAGGCUACCAACAGGGAGGGUCUCGGUGCGGCUUUGGACCAACUGCAAAAGGAAUUAGUGCUUUGCGAAAAAGCUCUGGCGGAAUAUUUGGAAACGAAGCGUCUCGCGUUUCCUAGAUUCUACUUCGUAUCGUCAAGCGACUUGUUGGACGUUCUCUCAAAUGGAAAUCAGCCGGAAGUCGUAGCGAAGCACUUGAUUAAACUUUUCGAUUCAAUGGCGAAAUUAAAAUUCGCCAAUGUUGAAGACAAUGCACCGCGACGUGUACUUGGGAUGCACGCGAAAGAUGGCGAAUACGUAGAAUUCACGAAUUGCGAAAUGAUCUGCGAAGGUCCGGUAGAAGUUUGGCUGAAUCGUCUUCAGAACGCAAUGAGAGCCACGAUAAGACAUUACUUCAGCGAAGCUGUAGUAGCCUACGAGGAGAAGCCACGGGAACAGUGGCUCUUUGAUUAUCCAGCUCAGGUCUCUUUGUGCGGCACACAAAUAUGGUGGACCACCGAAGUCAAUUUGGCAUUUGCAAGACUGGAAGAGGGAUACGACAAUGCCAUAAAGGAUUACUUGAAAAAGCAAAUUUCUCAAUUAAGCACACUGAUAAGUCUAUUAUUAGGAGAAUUGACGAAGCAAGAUAGACAGAAGAUCAUGACUAUUUGUACCAUCGACGUUCACUCGAGAGACGUGGUAGCCAAAUUGGUCCAGGCCAAAGUGGAGACUGCUCAGGCCUUUCAGUGGCAAAGUCAGCUUCGACAUCGUUGGGAUGAAAAGGAGAAGGAUUGCUUUGCGAAUAUUUGCGACGCGCAGUUCAAAUAUUCCCACGAAUAUUUAGGAAACACGCCUAGGUUAGUCAUAACGCCACUGACUGACAGAUGCUACAUCACUUUGACGCAGUCGCUUCAUCUUGUUAUGGGUGGAGGUCCUGCUGGACCGGCCGGAACCGGAAAGACCGAAACGACCAAGGACCUUGGUCGUGCACUCGGUAUCAUGGUCUACGUGUUUAAUUGCUCGGAGCAAAUGGAUUACAAGUCCUGUGGGAAUAUAUAUAAGGGUUUGGCACAGACCGGAGCUUGGGGAUGCUUCGAUGAGUUCAAUCGCAUUUCCGUCGAAGUACUCUCCGUCGUUGCCGUUCAGGUAAAGUCCGUUCAGGACGCCAUAAGGGAUAAGAAGGAGAAAUUUAAUUUUAUGGGGGAAACCAUAGCACUGGUACCAACGGUGGGAAUAUUUAUCACCAUGAAUCCCGGAUAUGCUGGUCGUACGGAAUUGCCCGAAAAUCUUAAGGCUCUGUUCAGGCCAUGCGCCAUGGUUGUUCCUGACUUUGAAUUGAUCUGCGAAAUUAUGCUGGUUGCCGAAGGAUUUCAGGAAGCCAGGAUCUUGGCGAGAAAGUUUAUAACCUUGUACACUCUCUGCAAGGAACUCCUUUCUAAGCAAGAUCAUUACGACUGGGGUCUCAGAGCCAUAAAGUCUGUUUUGGUCGUCGCUGGUAGCUUGAAGCGUGGCGACCCUGGAAGACCGGAGGAGGAAGUGCUGAUGAGGGCUUUGAGAGACUUUAACAUUCCAAAAGUUGUGUCGGAUGAUCUACCAGUUUUUAUGGGUCUGAUAGCUGAUCUGUUUCCAGCUUUGGAUGUUCCGCGGAAGCGGGACGUCGAAUUUGAAAAAACUGUCAAACAGGCAGCAGCUGAUUUGCUUCUUCAACCGGAAGAUGGCUUCAUUCUGAAAGUGGUACAACUGGAGGAACUUCUGGAAGUUCGACAUUCCGUUUUCAUAGUUGGUACCGCUGGUUCCGGUAAGACGCAAGUUUGGAAGAGUCUCUUCAGGACCUAUCAGAACAUCAAGAGGAAGCCAAUCUACAAUGAUCUCAAUCCGAAAGCCGUGACCAAUGACGAAUUAUUUGGAAUCAUUAAUCCAGCGACCCGUGAAUGGAAAGACGGUUUGUUUUCGGUGAUCAUGAGGGAACAGGCCAAUCUAGGUGGGGAGAAUCCAAAAUGGAUCGUUCUUGAUGGUGACAUAGAUCCAAUGUGGAUCGAAUCUUUGAAUACUGUAAUGGAUGACAAUAAGGUUUUGACUCUGGCAAGUAACGAGAGAAUUGCAUUGACGCCAGCAAUGAGAUUGCUUUUUGAAAUUUCAAAUUUGAGAACUGCCACACCAGCGACGGUGUCCAGAGCAGGUAUACUGUAUAUCAAUCCUCAGGAUCUCGGAUGGAAUCCCUACGUUACAAGUUGGGUGGAAACGCGAACGUCGCAAAGUGAAAAAUCAAAUUUGGUUAUACUUUUCGACAAGUACAUACCGUCGUGUUUGGAAACUUUAAGAACGAGAUUUAAGAAGAUAACACCAAUAGCUGAUAUGGCACACGUGCAAAUGUUAUGUCAUCUUCUGCAUUGUUUACUAAAGACUGAAUUGACAGCUACAGACUUUUCAAAAGACCAUUACGAAUUGUAUUUCGUGUUUGCUGCUGUUUGGGCCUUUGGUUCUUCCAUGUUUCAAGAUCAAACUGUCGAUUACAGAAUUGAAUUUACAAAAUGGUGGGUCAACGAGUUCAAGCAAAUCAAAUUUCCAGCCCAAGGAACUGUUUUUGAUUAUUUCAUUGAUUCCGAAACCAAAGAAUUUGUACCUUGGACUGAUCGAUUACCGAAAUUUGAAUUGGAUCCGGAUAUGCCGUUACAGGCUGCUCUGGUUUACACAGCCGAAUCGAUUCGUAUAAGAUACUUCAUCGAUUUAUUAAUGACAGAGAAGCAUCCAGUGAUGCUGGUUGGUACAGCAGGCAGUGGCAAGACUGUUUUGGUAAACGACAAGUUAUUACAAUUUUCGGAAAAUUACGCAGUAACCAACGUGCCAUUCAAUUUCUACACGACCUCGGAAAUGCUUCAAAAAAUUUUAGAAAAACCCUUGGAAAAGAAAGCAGGCAGAAAUUACGGUCCUCCGGGAAACAAGACUUUGAUCUACUUCAUUGACGACAUGAAUAUGCCCGAAGUAGAUACGUACGGUACUGUCCAGCCACAUACUCUUAUCAGGCAGCAUCUGGAUUAUGGUCACUGGUACGACAGGACCAAAUUAAUCCUCAAGGACAUUCACAACUGUCAGUACGUCUCCUGCAUGAAUCCAACAGCAGGAUCGUUUACGAUCAAUCCAAGAUUGCAAAGACACUUUGCCGUCUUUGCCGUGAGUUUUCCCAACGCCGAAUCCUUGACGACAAUUUACGCCUCCAUUUUAUCUCAGCAUUUGGCCAACGUCGAGCACAGAUUUCCACUGUGCGUUACCGAAUUGUGCAACAACAUAGUGCAGGCGUCGCUGCAGUUGCAUCACAGAUGCGCCCAAGUCUUUCUACCAACAGCCUUAAAGUUUCAUUACAUCUUCAAUCUUCGCGACCUUUCAAACUGCUUCCAAGGGUUGUUAUUCAGUGGAAACGAAUGCCUGCAAUUCGGUGUCGACAUCAUAAGGUUGUGGAUGCACGAGACGCAUCGUGUCUACGGGGACAAAUUAACAGACGAGAAAGAUAUAGAGAUGUUUUCCAAGUUCCAAUUGGACAUUUUGAAAAAGAAUGUAGAGGAGAUCGACGAGGGUGCCAUCUUGGAGAAACCAAAUAUUUAUUGUCACUUUGCAGGCGAGUUAUCAUUUAUGCCUAUAGCACGUAUCAAUUUCAAUUGCAUAUACUUAUGUGCAAUAUUUGUAUGCACUCGUGCAGGCGGCGUUGGGGAACCAAAAUAUAUGCCAGUCAAGGAUUGGACCACGUUGCAUCGUUUACUAUCGGAAGCAUUGAUCAGCUACAACGACUUGGUCUCAGCCAUGAAUUUGGUUCUAUUCGAGGACGCCAUGAUGCACGUGUGUCGAAUAAAUAGGAUUCUUGAGUCUCCGAGAGGAAGUGCCUUGCUGGUUGGAGUCGGGGGUUCAGGAAAGCAGAGUCUGUCUAGGUUGGCAGCUUUUAUAAGCAGCCUUGAAGUAUUUCAGGUACAAUUGAAGAAAGGAUAUGGCGUCUUGGAUCUCAGGAUGGAAUUGGCUGCAUUGUAUACUAAAUCCGGCCUUAAGAAUAUUGGAAUUAUGUUCCUUAUGACGGAUGCUCAAGUGCCUAACGAGCAAUUUCUUGUUCUCAUAAAUGACAUGCUUGCUUCCGGCGAAGUGCCUGAUCUGUUUCCGGAAGAUGAGGUGGAAAAUAUUAUAGCUGGUGUCCGUAAUGAGGUAAAGGGUGCAGGUAUCCUGGAUAGUCGUGAAAAUUGCUGGAAAUUCUUUAUCGACCGUGUUCGGCGACAACUCCGAGUAGUCCUGUGCUUUUCGCCAGUUGGCUCGACCCUGAGAAUUCGAUCAAGAAAGUUUCCAGCGAUAAUAAACUGCACGGCUAUCAAUUGGUUCCACGAGUGGCCGCAAGAGGCGUUGAUGUCCGUGUCGAAGAGAUUCCUCCAGGAGUUAAACGAACUUCCGGAAAGUUAUAGAGAGUCAGCAGCAAAGUUUAUGGCGCACGCUCACACGAGCGUCAAUUCCGCCAGUCGCCUUUACUUGAGCAGCGAGAGACGUUACAAUUACACCACUCCAAAAUCAUUUCUAGAGCAAAUAAGUCUCUACACGAAAUUGCUUGGCGCCAAAGCCAAGGAACUGCAGGGUCGCGUGGAGAGACUUGAAAAUGGUUUGGCGAAGUUGAGAUCGACAGCUGCGCAGGUUGAUGAACUCAAAGAAAAAUUGGCGGUGCAGGAAAUAGAGUUGCAGCAAAAGAACGAAGCAGCGGAUGCGCUGAUCGCCAUCGUGGGAGUGGAAACUGAGAAAGUUCAGACUGAGAAAGCUUUAGCUGACGAGGAGGAGUCAAAGGUCGCCAUAAUAGCGGAAGAGGUCUUGAAAAAGCAGCGGGACUGCGAGGUCGACCUGAUGAAAGCCGAACCAGCUCUGCUAGCUGCUCAGGAAGCACUGAAUACUUUAAACAAAGCGAAUCUCACGGAAUUAAAGUCAUUCGGUUCGCCACCGGGUGCUGUGACUAAUGUCACUGCGGCCGUAAUGGUACUUUUGGCACCAAACGGCAAAGUACCCAAAGACAGAAGUUGGAAAGCAGCCAAGAUCGUCAUGGCGAAGGUCGACACUUUUCUUGACGCUCUGAUAAAUUACGACAAGGAAAACAUACAUCCUGAGGUAAUAAAAGCGAUUCAACCUUACCUCAAGGAUUCCGAAUUUGAACCCGAAUUUGUGAGAUCAAAAUCUGCAGCGGCUGCUGGCUUAUGUGCUUGGGUAAUAAAUAUCAUUAAAUUCUAUGAAGUCUUUUGCGACGUGGAACCUAAGCGAAAAGCUCUGGCUCAAGCCAACGCCGAAUUAGCCGCGGCUCAAGAUAAGCUUGGCGUUAUCAAACGAAAGGUUGCCUCCUUGGAGAAGCAGCUGGCAAAGCUGACGGCUGACUUUGAGCAGGCUACGGCUGAAAAAUUGAAAUGUCAAAAAGAAGCGGAUGCCACCAAUGCUACGAUCGAAUUGGCCAAUCGCCUUGUAGGCGGACUGGCUUCAGAGAAUGUUAGAUGGGCAGAUUCCGUGGCUAACUUCAUGCAACAAGCAUCCACUCUGCCUGGCGACGUUCUUCUUGUAACUGCUUUUAUCUCCUACGUGGGAUGCUUCACGAAACAGUUUAGACUGGAUUUAUUGAAUAAACAGUGGCUGCCAUUUUUGCGCACUUUGGAACCAGCUGUUCCUAUAACAGAAGGCUUGGAUCCAUUGUCAUUAUUGACGGAUGAUACACAGAUUGCUAAAUGGAACAACGAGGGUUUGCCGAACGAUAGAAUGUCCACUGAAAAUGCGACAAUAUUGACCAAUUCUGACCGUUGGCCUCUGAUGAUUGAUCCUCAGCUUCAAGGUAUAAAGUGGAUAAAACAAAAAUAUGGUGAGGUGCUCAGAGUCAUUCGUCUUGGGCAACGUGGUUAUCUCGACGUGAUCGAGCAGUCAUUGGCUAUUGGGGCUACUGUUCUCGUGGAGAAUAUUGGAGAAACCGUUGAUCCGGUUUUGGAUCCUCUAUUAGGACGAAAUCUCAUAAAGAAAGGAAGGGCCAUUAAGAUUGGCGAUAAGGAGGUCGAAUACAAUCCAAAAUUCCGUCUGCUCCUUCAUACAAAACUUGCGAAUCCACACUACAAGCCCGAAAUGCAAGCUCAGACAACCCUCAUAAAUUUCACUGUAACCAGAGACGGUCUGGAGGAUCAAUUGUUAGCCGAGGUCGUGAAAGCUGAGAGGCCCGACCUUGAGGAAUUGAAAGCUGAGCUUACGAGGCAGCAGAAUGACUUUAAAAUCACUUUAAAUAGUCUGGAGGACUCUUUACUCUCCAGGCUCUCCUCGGCUGAUAGUAACGUACUGGGCGACACGGUCCUGGUCGAAAAUUUAGAAACGACCAAGAGAACCGCUGCUGAGGUCGAACGUAAGGUUAUCGAAGCUCGUGGGACAAGUCGAGAGAUCGAUGCUGCUCGAGAGCUUUAUCGACCAGCCGCUGCCAGAGCAUCUCUUCUCUACUUCAUCCUGAACGACCUCAACACCAUAAAUCCCAUUUACCAGUUUUCCCUGAAAGCCUUUAGCGUCGUCUUCCAAAAAGCUAUUUUGAAAGCCGAUCCCGCACCGGACGUCUCUGCCCGAGUGAAGAAUUUGAUCGAAUGCAUCACAUUCUCGGUUUUCAUGUACACGACCAGAGGACUCUUCGAGUGCGACAAAUUGAUCUUCGCCUCGCAGAUGACCUUUCAGAUACUCUUAGCCAGAAGGGAGAUCCUGGCCUGCGAUCUGGACUUCCUGUUGAGAUUUCCGAUCACACCCCACGUCACGUCACCAGUUGACUUCUUAUCGAAUUCCAGUUGGGGUGGAAUAAGGAGUCUCGCAACUAGGGAUGAUUUUCGAAACUUGGACCGAGACAUAGAGAGCUCCCCGAAGCGAUGGAAGAAACUGGUCGAGUGCGAGUGUCCAGAGAGGGAAAAGUUUCCCCAGGAAUGGAAGAACAAAACAGCCCUUCAACGUCUCUGCAUGCUGAGGGCUUUGCGUCCAGACAGAAUGACUUACGCCAUUGCUGCCUUCAUCGAGGAGAAACUCGGUCCAAGAUACAUCGAGGGGAGGACGGUGGAAUUUGCAAAGUCCUUCGAGGAGACCAGCCCGUCGACUCCGAUAUUCUUUAUACUGUCACCAGGAGUCAAUCCUUUGAAGGACGUCGAGGACCUAGGCAGACGGUUGGGCUUCACCCUGGACGCUCAGAACUUCCACAACGUGUCCCUUGGUCAGGGUCAGGAGAUUGUCGCCGAGCAGGCUAUGGACGAGGCUGCGAAAAAUGGACACUGGGUGGUCCUUCAAAAUAUUCAUUUAGUCAAAAAAUGGCUGCCGUUGUUAGAAAAAAAAUUAGAAGUCGCCGCAGACGGUUCUCAUCCUGAUUACAGAGUCUUCAUGAGUGCUGAACCUGCGAGUACACCUGCCGGCCAUAUUAUUCCUCAGGGAAUUUUGGAGUCCUCGAUUAAGAUCACAAAUGAACCACCCACGGGAAUGCAGGCAAAUUUGCACAAAGCAUUGGAUAACUUUAAUCAAGAGACAUUGGAGAUGUGCAGCAAGGAGGCUGAAUUUAAGGGGAUUUUAUUCUCCCUCUGUUACUUCCAUGCGGUUGUUGCUGAACGUCGAAAAUUCGGUCCACAAGGGUGGAACAAAAUUUAUCCAUUUAACGUCGGUGACCUUAAUAUCAGCGUAAGCGUUCUCUACAAUUACUUAGAAGCCAGCCCUAAGGUCCCUUGGGAGGAUCUCAGGUAUCUUUUCGGGGAGAUCAUGUACGGUGGCCAUAUAACUGACGACUGGGACAGAAGACUCUGUGUCUCUUACCUGGAAGAAUUGAUGCAGCCUGACUUGAUCGAUGGAGAACUUCAAUUGGCUCCAGGAUUCCCCGCUCCUCCCAAUACGGACUUGGCUGGCUAUCAUGCUUACAUUGACGAAGCAAUGCCUCCAGAAUCUCCAUACCUGUACGGCCUGCAUCCAAACGCAGAAAUAGGUUUCCUCACGACAACCUCAGAGAAUUUAUUCCGAACGGUUUUCGAGAUGCAACCAAGGGACGCUGGAAGUUCCGGUGGACAGACGGUGACGCGAGAGGAUAAGGUCAAACAAAUUUUGGACGAAAUAAUGGAAAAGCUUCCGGAAGAAUUCAAUAUGACAGAAAUAAUGGGAAAAGUGGAAGAACGGACCCCGUACGUAAUAGUAGCAUUUCAAGAAUGCGAGCGAAUGAAUUAUCUGACAGGGGAGAUGAAGCGCUCCCUUCGCGAAUUAGAUUUGGGUCUAAAAGGUGAAUUGACGAUAACAUCAGACAUGGAGGACCUAGAGAAUGCCAUAUUCUUCGACCAAGUCCCACCAGUCUGGGCCCAAAGAGCUUACCCCUCCUUGCUGGGUCUGGCAGCGUGGUUCGUCGACCUGUUGCUCAGACUCCGAGAGCUGGAAACAUGGUCCACGGACUUUGUCCUACCAGCUUCCGUGUGGCUCGCCGGCUUUUUUAACCCUCAAUCUUUGCUGACGGCGAUCAUGCAGUCGACGGCACGGCGACACGAAUUACCCCUCGACAAGAUGUGUCUCCAGUGUGACGUAACUAAGAAAAACAAAGAAGAAUUCACCUCAGUGCCCAGGGACGGGGCUUACGUUCACGGUAUCUUCAUGGAGGGUGCACGCUGGGACGUUCAGGGUGGAAUAAUCGUUGACUCCAGACCUAAAGAAUUGUUCCCAUCGAUGCCGGUGAUCAACGUGCGCGCCAUCACGCAAGAUAAGCAGGACUUGAGAAAUAUGUACGAGUGUCCUGUCUACAAGACACGUACCAGAGGUCCGACCUACGUGUGGACGUUCAAUCUCAAGACGAAGGAUAAGCCAGCUAAAUGGACAUUGGCCGGAGUGGCAUUGUUGCUGCAGACUUAAAAAUAAAUAAAUAAAUUUCAAAUAAAAUAA